UUUCCUUUAUAUAUAGCGAGAGAGACUGUUGGAAAGAAAAUAAGAAAUAUCCGAAAAAAAAAAAAGCGAGAGGCAGCGGGAGAAAAAACCAAAAUAAUCAAAGCUUAACCUUCAACGUUUCUUUUGAUCGGCUCAUCAAAUUCUCAAACCCUUCAAACUGAGAUUCUUCCGUCGAUUUGAAUCAAACUUCAAUCCGAAGAACAAAUAUUCUCUUUCUCUUAUGGCGGAAGAGCACAAAUUGGAAGCUCCAGAAGGACACCGUCUCUGCGCCAACAACUGCGGAUUCUUUGGCAGCCCAGCGACCUUAAAUCUCUGUUCCAAAUGUUACGGAGACCUCCGCCUCAAGGAGGAACAUGCCUCCUCCGCCAAGACCGCUGUUGAGAAAUCCCUCGCCCUCGCCCCCGCUUCCUCACCCUUCUCGUCUUCUUCGCUGUCAUCGUCAGCUCCUCUCUCCCCUCCCGCUCUAACUUUACCGGCGGCCGCCGCCGAUGAUCAACAAGCUACGUUGACCAUCUCGUCUACCACCACCGUCGCGUCAGCAUCGGAGCAGCUGUCACCACCGAUGGUGGUGUCGCAGCCGAAUCGGUGCUCGACGUGCCGGAAACGUGUUGGAUUGACUGGAUUCAAGUGCCGAUGUGGGACAAUCUUUUGUGGGAUGCACCGGUACCCGGAGAAACAUAGUUGCACCUUCGAUUUCAAGGCGCUGGGGAGGGAGGCCAUCGCUAAGGCGAACCCUAUCGUCAAGGCGGAGAAGCUCGAGAAGAUCUGACUCUGUUUCUGAUAUGAACAUGAUAUGUAAAAAAAAAAAAAAAAAACACAAUUGAAUCUAGCCUGGUCUGGUGGUCUGAUACAAAGAGGGCCAUUUGAUUAUGGGGGUGCUGGUGGUGGUGGUGGUGAGGCGAAGAGGGAUCUAUUCUCUGAUUCAAAUGUUAAGCUUAGAGAGAUGAAGUUUGAAGAUCUAUAGAAAUCGCCGGUAAUGCCGUCUAAUCGGAUUCCACCGGUGAAGGACGUGGAAUAGUAUUGGAGCUUUUUUUUUUUUUUUAUUGUGAAAAAAAAGAAAAAAUAAAAAACUGUGUUGUGCUUGCUCCGUUUGAUCA